UACCUACUCGAUGCUGUUCGACCUUGAACCUGAUGUCGAUGUGGUGGUGGAAGAGGAAAGAGGUGUGGUCGCAGUGCCACGACCCGAGCUGGUAGAACCAGAAGGGUUGGGGCAGGUCAAUUCGGGCAAAUCGAAGGAGUGGGAAGAUCAAAAUGCCAAAGAUGGUUCUGGGAUGUCGAUGAAAUACGCACAAAUCGGAAUGCCAGUUGUAUGGGGUCCGUUGGCCAUGCAGUUUCCACCCGACGAGCCACUUGCGGGCCCGCUCUGGAGAAGCCCGCUUGAUGCGACAUCCCCGUUCUGCCCUUCAUACAACAACACAAAGUCGGUUCCAGUCUCUACAUUUACGGUCCAUUCGACGGUCGUAUUCGUCGUAAUGGACGCCGGCAUAUCGAGGCUAAACGCGGUUCCACCUGGCACGAAUCCACGGACCGCCUUUGGGGAACUGACGUUGAUG